AUGGGUAAAGUUCACGGAUCUCUCGCUCGUGCCGGCAAGGUCAAGUCUCAGACUCCCAAGGUUGAAAAACAAGAAAAGAAGAAGACGCCCAAGGGCCGCGCGAAGAAGAGAAUCACAUACACCAGACGGUUCGUUAACGUGACGAUGACUGGUGGCAAGAGAAAGGUAUGGAUGCUAUGGACACCGCAAUGA